AAAGUCUCGCUUUUAUUUUAAAUGUUGUUUCCGGAAACAAUAGCGAAUGUUUGAAAUUUGACGCUGAAGGAUGAAGCCAGCGUCGCCUUCGUCUCGCGCGUUGACAUGAGUAUUUUUUAACGCCUUUUAAUCGUUGUUCGUCGUCAUGACGGCCGCCGUCACGUUUUUGCUCUUCCUGCUUUUUCCGGCGUCGGCGUCCUUGCGCAGCGACGUGCUCGUGCUCGGGGACGCAGACUUCGACUACCUGGCGAGCGAGCACGACACCAUGCUCGUCAAGUUCUACGCGCCCUGGUGUGGUCACUGUAAGAAGUUGGCUCCAGAGUUUGAGAAAGCAGCUGGCAAACUGAAGGGAUCUGUGCAGUUAGCGAAGGUGGACUGUACAUCUCAGGUGGACACGUGCAGUCGCUUUGACGUGUCGGGGUAUCCGACACUGAAGAUCUUCAGGAACGGGAGAGAUUCCGGCUCCUACGACGGUCCUCGCUCUGCUGAGGGGAUCUGUCGGUACAUGACGAAGCAGACGGGUCCGGACUCCGCGAGGCUGCUGAGCGACGAAGACCUGCAGACGUUCGUCCGCCACUACGACGUGUCCGUCGUCGGUGUGUUUUCAGGUGAGGAAAGUUCCGGUCUGGUUGACUUUGUGAAAGCCGCAGGACUUUUGCGAGAUCAGUUCCGGUUCGCUCACACGACGCAAAUGAAGCUCGCCGUUCCCUACGGACUCCAAUCAGAAGGCGUGCUGUUGUUCCGGCCUCCCAGACUGGCCAAUCGGUUUGAGGACAGCGUUGUUGUUUUCAGAGAUUGCGUGACCAUCCCGUCUCUGAGACGCUUCAUCCGAGGCCACGUAUUUGGACUUUGUCCUCACAUGACGUUGGAGAACAAAGAUCGUCUGAGAGUUCGUGACCUCCUGACGGCGUUUUACAACCUGGACUACGAACACAACGGCCGAGGCUCCAAUUACUGGAGGAACAGGGUGAUGAAGGUGGCAUCUAAGUAUGCGGGGCGGGGCCUGAGUUUCUCAGUAGCCAAUCAAAAGGACUUCCGGGCCGAGCUGGAAGGCGAGUUCGGCGUGGGGAUGUCGGACAGCGGAGACGUUCCCGUCGUGACCGUCCGCACCAAAGCGGGUCACAAGUACGCCAUGAGGGAGGAGUUCACGAGGGACGGCACCUCUCUGGAGAGGUUUCUGGACCAGUACUUUGCCGGGCGACUCAAGCGCUACAUUAAGUCCGAGCCGGUACCGGACAGAAACGAGGGCGCCGUUCAGGUGGCGGUGGCCGAGACGUUCGACGCCGUCGUUAAUCAGCCUGCCAAAGAUGUCCUGAUCCAGUUCUACUCGCCGUCCUGUCUUCACUGCAAGAAGUUGGAACCAGUUUACACGGCACUGGCUGAGACGCUGUCUUCAGACGCAAACGUGGUCAUCGCCAAGAUGAACGCCGUGGAUAACGACGUGCCGCCCAGCUAUGAUGUCCGAGGCUACCCGACCAUCUACUUGGCUCCCGCCGGCAGGAAGGAUGAGCCCGUUCGGUACGAGGGCGGGCGAGAACUCCUAGACUUCCUGCGUUUCUUGCGGCGUCAGGCCGGCCGAAGCGACGUCAAACAGGAACUCUGACGAACGGCGGUAACCUGACCCUGAAACAAACCCAAACCUUUGAAAGACUUCAGUUCUACACACACAUUCAUUGAUUGGACUAUUUAUUUAUUUAUUUGAUUGUUUGUUUAUUUGUUUGUUUCCUUAUUUAUAUCAUUUGGAAAGACUUGAUUCCUAUGUAGUCAUUGGUGGAUUGGUCUAUUUAUUAUA